AUGACCUCAGGAUUUGGAGCGGAGAUCGCGGCGUCAAUUCAGCGUCGUUGCUUCCUGCACCUUGAAGCACCAAUUGAACGAGUCUGUGGCUUUGAUACGCCAUUCCCACACGUUUUCGAGCCAUUCUAUCUGCCAACUAAAUGGAGGCUGUUAGAUGCCGUGAAGAAAUCCCUCAAUUACUAG